UGCUGCUGCUGCUGCUGCUACUGCCACUGCACGAGCUGCUGCUGCGGCUCUAUACCUUGAAUGUACAGUGCGCCCGAGGACGCGGGAGCGCCCGUAAACAGCACAGCGUAGCGUUUCGAGGCUCGCUUGCCGAGUGUGUCAAGAUCCCACGGUAUACACACAAUCAGUCAGCAGCUGGGCAAUACCGACUAGCAGUGCAAUGCCCCGUUGCCGCUGCUAGUCAGAAUGUGGUCGCUGGCGCAACUGUUGUUGUAGCUUUGACACUGCAACGCCACCCUCGGUCCACCAAACGACACCACCGCAGACUGUAAACGAUGUGGAGCUCGGUGACGGCGGCCGGAGUAGAAAACGGACCUGCGCCACCCUCCAGAAGUAAGCACAGUGCUACUCUACUCGCUGGACACGUCUACUUGCUCGGCGGUCGUAAUGGCAAUCUUCCGCUCAAGGAUCUCUGGCGUUACAGUCUUGCGGAGAGCAGAUGGGAAGAGCUGCAUCCCUCGGGGGAACGUCCACCGGCGCUUCAAGAGCACAGUGCUGUUGCCCACAAGGACUGUCUUUACGUCUUCGGUGGUGAAUUAGGAUUCUCUGCUGGCACCGAAACCCCGCUCUGGUGCUAUUCGGUUAAAACGAACGCGUGGAAAAAAAUAAGAGCACAGAAAGGAUGCGCAGUUCCUAGAGGUCGUCGUGGCCAUAGCGCACUUGUGCACCGCGGACAGAUGCUGAUAUAUGGCGGCUAUCAGGAUUUAAGAGGUAGCUCGUCCGAGCUAUGGGCUUUUCAUUUCGAGACAGAAUCGUGGCACCUGCUGUCGUCGUGUGACUCUGGGCCACCAGCACGACACAAGCACUCAGCAGUGUUACACGGUGACGCAAUGUACAUUUACGGCGGCAUGACGGAUCUACAGGAACGAAGCGACUGCUGGCGCUGGGACGCCAAAGGUUCUUCGUGGGCCUUACUUAGAAAUAAACCUGGUCCUGGACCUUUGCAUGGACAUGCCGCUUGUAGACUGCCAAGCUGUAUGCUUAUAUUCGGUGGCGAGAGCAACGGCUCGCCUACGAACGAGCUCUGGAGGUUUCAUUUCGGAACGGAAACGUGGGAGAAGCUAAGUGUAACAGGCCCUAAACCACAACCUCGCGCUGAAAGCGUCGCGCUGGCAGUCUCGGAACUACUCAUCCGUGGCAAUGGCAUCGACGGAAACGGUAAUGGGAAUGGCAACACUGUCAGUUGCAGGCCUCGCAUUAGAAAUCAGCGUGUUAAGAGUUACGGCUACGGUCGAAAUUCGCCGUGCGAGCCAACGCCAACUAGACCUAGCUUUCUACGUGAGAUUUCCAAGUUAUCGCAGAUCAACCUGUCUAGACUUAGCCAUCCUAUCAAGUAUAGUUACUCUGUCCUCGGCACUCACGACGACACCGAAUUCGAUGGCUCGCAGGAGGCAAACUCGUAUUAUCCGUUUCAGCAGGUCGACAUCGAGGUAGUGGAACCAGCCACGGGCAUGGUCAAGUCACGUAGCGCCAACACAUUGGCGCGUCGACGACAACGUUUUAACGAUGUCCAACGUUCGAGCAUGAUCGAGCCGUUGCUCAACAAUGAUGCUUACGGUGGUUGUAGCUACGCCGGAGGCAUGACAAGGGAGCCAGUCUCUGUACCAAACUUCCGUUCGCUCACUCUGCCGACACCUGUGCUCACACCUGUAGAGGCCGCGCGACUCGUUUUCGUCGAUCCGGAUGAGGAUACCGACGAUGAAGAAAUCAGACAGAAAUGUAACAGUCAACUGAUCGAAGUGCCAGAGGAAGAGAAGAGUGACUUUGCGAGUGUGCAUCAAGCUUGUCAACCACUACGCAGUGAAAAUUACAAUCCUCACAUCUACGAUGUACAAACACCCAAGACACCGUGUACGAAGUUGCCACACUCGACGUCUGUGCGCUUCGCCGAUCUCGAGGAAGCCGACGAGGCUACGUCGGACUACGCGAGUAUCGAGGCACGAAGUCCUGGAGAUCCACUCGCCGAGGACGAUUGGCCUAAGCCUAAAAAGAGUAGUUUGCGAAACUCGAUUACAUCUACGAAUCUACGCGAGAGUCAAUAUGGCUUCUGCAAUCCGAAUUACUUAGGUCUAGAUACAGCCAAUGGUAACGACAUAGACUCUCGUUACGCGAAAAUGUUGAACAGUCCGCCGGACAGCGUUUUAGAAGACGAGCCAGGACGCUCAGCCUCGCAGACGUUUACCGAGUUGUUGGAACUACAGGAGAUGAGGCCCCGUGCUCCACCGAAAAGUUUACCUUUGGGUUCACCGUCACGUCGGGCAGUUAGUGCUUCGAGAGCAGAACGUCAACGAGCUAAGCUGGCAGCCUCGGAAAACAGCGAGAAAAGUACUCCUGGGCCGGCGCCUCUUUAUGUCUUCCUCGUCGGUGGCAAAGAGAAGGGCCAAGUCACUGUUUUCGCUCGGCCAGUUUCGUUAUGGAAGCUGCAGCUCGCACCACAUAUCUUCUAAAGUCUCGACCUUAACCAUGAUAGGCGAGCAAUUAGUUAGUGCAGAAUUAUAUAUAUAUAUAUAUAUAUAUAUAUAUAUAUCGUGUAUCUUUUUUCUCUUGCUUUUCGGUUUUGAGGAAAUGAUAGCCGUAAGUAGACCGCUAUUAUCCGAUGUAUCUGAAACAUCCGGGAUCUUUACGUAUAGUGGAUUAAACCGUUAUCAGCAAAAUGGCGCGCACCGAGUUAGAUGGCUGGAACAUGAGCCGACAUGAAGCAUACAUCAUUAGCUGCGAGUCAUUUGGCUGCCGUAGACAUUUUUUAUUUACCACUCGAAAAAAUAACACAUACACACACACAUGCAUACAACAUAUUUAACAUCAAUUUCAAUACACAUUGGUAGCUACCGUUUCUGCUUCUCUAGUUCCUCUGCUGUCUUGCUUAUUGGGGGAGGGGAAAGUACAUUUAAGCGUAGGUGUAUUAGUGUGCUCACGCCAUUUUCGCUGACUGUUUGCAGCGCGUUAGGAAAAAAGAAAGAAAGAAAAACAAUGUUAAAACUUAAUCUUGCGGCGAUAAACGCUCAAAAAUAAAAGGCAAACAUGCACACGCAUAAACACCAUUUGUAUAAAUGUAAAAUGUAGGAGAUCGAAAUAAAAAAAAAAUUUAUUUGAGAGAGAUGCCUUGUUAAGGCAUGCAAAAAAACCCUGAUUUAUUAUAAAUUUAAAAAUACAAAAAAUACAGAUAAUUAAAACUUAUACUUUAAAUAUAUGACAGAAUUCGUAGAUAAUUAACAAUAAAUUACUUGUGCGCAUUUCUUAUAUUUUUUAUUAGUUCACUAUAUAUGAGUAACAUCGUUUCUCGAUCUUCAUGAAAGAGAUCUGCUUGCAUGAUUUUUUAUGUCGCGAUCGAGAAUUCGAAGCACUGCGGAUUGUGCAAUUUCCGUUACAAGUCCAAUACUUUACCGUCGUGAACUUAGCCAGUGAUGGGCUUCUUAUACGAUGAAAAUACACUUACACAUAUGUGUCACGAGAGUAUAGAUGAGAAAAUCGUGGUCUACAUUGAACAGCCCGUCGAUAUCCACGAGUAUAUUUUCAACGCUAUCGAUGUAUCGGGAUUCUUCGGAUAAAAUAUCUGACACAAACUUUUUGAAUGCGCGGGCGCACUCGAAAUAUUCCAUCACGUCGAGUGCUUUUUCAGAACACGCUUGAUUUACACUCAAAAAUGACAAUGGAUCAUCUGCCACGCUUGGACAUACGUAAUUAAACCGGUGUUUCGCAUAUUUUGGUGAAGACAGUGCGAUCGCGCGCGUUCUCCUAUUGACAAAGAACUUCAAAUCGGCGAACGCUUCGUUCACCUUAUCGAAAAUUUGUUGCCGUACUAUAACUGGGAGGGAAAACCUCAGCUUUAAACUCGCAAAUGAGUAUGAUAUUUCGAUCUCCUAUAUUUUACAUUCAGAAAAAUUAUACGUGCAUGUCUUUUUUUAUUUUCAUUGUCGCAAGGGUGAGUUUUAACAUUGAACUGUCCUCUCCCUCUCUUUAUCUCUUCCUAACGCGUUGCAAACAGCCAGCAAAAAUGGCAAGAGCGCACCAACACACGUAUACACAAUAUUGUACUCUCUUCCCACUAGGCAAGACUGCAGGAGAAUUAUAGGCAAGCACAAGCGCUAGCUACGAACGUCCGCUUAAAAAGAAGAUAAGAAGGAUAUUGGCGCGCAUUAUAUAUAGACGAUAGGACUCGCACUCCACGGCCUAAUUCGUACAAUUACGCGCAAAUAUAUAAUGAUAUUAUUUUUACCAUUGGCAAAUAAAAGAUCUUUCCAACGAGACAACUAACUCAGUCACCUAACUCGACGUCCCCAUCGUGCUGAUAACGGGUUACCCUGCUCCUCUCGGAGAUUCAGGGUUAUACCAGUCUACUUACUACUAAGGAUGUAUACGUCGGAGAGAGAAUAGUAUGUCAUUUCUUUUUUUAUAUAGAGGAAUAGGGGAGAGAACUUUUUUAGAAAGAAUCAAAAUGUUCUAUAAGGUUAACAAUUGUUGUUGCUACUAUUGGUAUAGUUAUAUAUCACUAGUAUGACGUACCUAUGAUAUCUUCUGUCCAUGCUACACAAAAAGUAAACCUCACGAGGACAAUUUCGCCGUCGAAUUUUUAACGGUUAGACUACGUGCAUAUAGAGCGAUACAUCUUUUUAUUUUUAUUACAAUUAUUGUGGAUGGAAAAAAAACUUUUCAACGUUACGCCCCAUCAUACGAGAGAAUACUUAGAAUUCAAAAACCAUUCAAACUACGACCAUUGAUGUUACAAAUGUCAAAUAAGAAACUAGUACAAAAAAACAACGUCAACGAUGAAAAAAAAAAAAAAAAAAGAAAAAUGUAAUUUUAGAGGAACUUUUUACGAGAACCAAUACGAAUAUAAAUUAUAUCGAUAUGUAUGAGUUGACGUCAUCACGCAAAUUCGACUGCGAAUAACUUGUGAGGUAUCUCAAUUGCUUCGUCCAAAUAUCUACUAUGCAAUCGAUGAGUCAAAACGUCCCGAAUUAUGUUACAAAUCCGUGAGUCCAAUUCCCUCGGCAUUUUAUUGACACGAGGUACGUCUAUAUAUGUAUGUAUGUGUUAUACUCGGCUACAAAUAAAGAUCCGCCAUUUAUAAAUGGUAUUGUAUACUUUCAUCAGCGAGGGCUAACGCGUCGCAUUAUAUCAUUCCAUGAAUGCGUUUUAGUUCCGUCAAAUUCUUACGAUUAAUAAUGAACUGUAGUACGUAACAGUGCCAAAAAUAUAUAUAAAAGAUUCAUAAGUGAGUGGGUAAAAAAAUUUUUAUUAAAAUUAUCUAGCUAGUUUUACUGUCAGCGUAGCGACUAUUCUAGAGUACUAUAUUUAUUUAAAAAAUAUUGACUUUUUAAUUCUUUUCUUAAAAGUGCUUUUGUCUAAAGUUGCUUUACCCACCUCUUACAAUCUUAAUUAUCGAUGUUCGUGUUCGAUUAGAUAAAUCAACUCAAUUUAGGUUGACGACGAAUUCAUCAACCGAGUCGUAGAAGGAAUCACUCAUAAUCGAUGAGAUAUCAAUUAAGACACGUCAAGGCUGAAAUAGAAAUCUAUAGGUGAUACGCGAAUAAAUAAAAAAACCAUAAUAGCCGUCUCUAAGAUGAACAGAAAAUAAAUUAUACGCGAAAGCGGCAUGUUUGUGUGAGAUAUUAUACAUAUGUAUAGUUAUAUAGAUAAAGUGAAAGUUGAAAAAUGUAAUCGCAAUUGAUUGUGAGAAAAUGAAACGGUAUUUUAGUAAAAAAAAGUGAAAAGAAUUAUGAUAAAAAAAGAAAAUGGCUGAUGAAACAAACAAUUUAUCGAAAUCGAAACAAUAAGCAGAAUUGGAAAAAUCUAAUACGUAAAAGUGUAUACAGGCCAGUUGCAUCUUGCAACUUGUCUUUUCAAACUUUUCUACUUAAACACUUAGACUUGAAUUGGUCUCGGUGUGCAUUUGGACAAUUCUUACUAAUUGUUUUCUAAAUUGUAGAUAUAGUUAGGAUGUAUCUGAUCGAUUAUAAAAUGAUAAAAUUCUUAAAAUUAAGUAGUUUUCUCUUAAUUCUAGUUGUCAAAAAGUUUUGGGGUAUUUCAAUUGAAAACCGAAGCCAUAUAAAGUAUUUUCAACGAUCUUAAGACUGUCAAGUUGCAAUAUACAAUUAUUUGUCCAAAGAUUAUAUAAUUUUCUCUCUUAUUGUGGUACAAUUGUCACUGAAUUAAUAACAGUGAAUGUACAUGCCGAGAAAAAAAGGAUCUUUUGAUAUUAGUUAGACUUAGUCUUGUCUUUUCCAAUGUGAGUAGAUUAGGAAGAACGAUAUAAACAAGAGUAGCCAUUAAAAAGUAAAGCUCGAUGUAGAAUAUAACUUUUGUCGUUUCGUUUCUUAGUAGCUACUCUUGGGUCAGUGUUGAUAAAUUACCUAUCCACUAGUUUUUAAGUACAUUGGAAAAUACAAGAUACAUGCUAGUACCAUUAGCGUGAACUAUAUGUAAGUGUCACUAUUUAUAAUUAUUUUAAAAUUAUGCUAAUGCGUUUCAUUUAGUCGAUAUAAUAAAAAUGGUACUAUUGUAUAAUUUGUUUAGUUUUUAAGGUUUUUAGCUAUUAAGAUAAGGAUAGCGCUAGAAUAUUGCGAUUAUUUAUCGAAUUUUACCCAUUCCCGUCCGUUUUAACAAUUUGCAAUUUUGAUAAUUAAAUCAAUUGAUUUUCUAAUUAUCAUAAGUUUUUAACUGGAUCAUUUUUAUUUGUAACUGAAAAACAUUGUUGAGCACUAUAACUUAUAGAUAAUAAAAUGAUGAGCGUUUUGUUGAAAUCAAUUCACUGUUUGUUUAUACACAAAAAAGUAGAUAGGAAAGUGUGCAAUAACAACAAAAACAACAAUGUAUAGACUACAACCUAUAGUUUAAAUAAAUCUGGAAAUCAGAUAUAGGCAUACGUUAACGUCAUACGUAUGUAAAUAUUUACAUAUACUAUGUCCAAACCAUGCACUAUAUAGUGUUACAUUUUAUGAAGAUAUGGAAAAGAAAUUAUGGACUUAUAAGAUGACAAUGUUAUGUUCAAUUUGUACAUGAAUUUAAACGCAGCGCAUUCGGCAGAGCAAUGGUGCUGUGAUUCCGUCUAUACAAAGACUUUUCGAUAAAGUCAAAGCAAGGUCAUGAGGGUUUUUUCUAUUUCCUAAAUAUCUUUUUUCAUGUUAUCCACCACACAGUAUUUUACUAUUAAUUUAGUUGAGAGUGAAGAUUUUACUAAUCCGUCGAAAAGCAAGUAAUAGGAGCAAGUUAUUUUUAAUGAAUUUUUACUCUAGCGCUUUUCUUAGGUAAUGUUAAUAUCGAAGAGAAAUAAGAUAAUUUAAUCGACGAUUGAGUUUUGUAAGCCAACUGCCAAAAUUAAUUAUUAGUUUUUUACUUGAAUUCGGAUGUUUUAUUCUUAUAACUUGAAAAAUUAUGACUUUACGAAUACAAUCUAAGUUAUUUAUUUAUGGUGGAAAGUUGUUAGAAAAUGAAAACCAAAAAAUAUGUAAUUUUGUGGAAAUUUACGAUUUUUUAAAACCUGAGUUCAAAUUAUUACCACGUAAUGAAUUUGAACUAAAAUUCAGGAACCACUGUUCCCUGUUUUCAAGGGUGCUCUUUCCAAAAGUGAUAGUUAAAAAUCUCGACAAGAAAGUUUUGCCAUCGAAGAAUCAAAAAAAAAAAAUUAAACAAGCUUAUUUUUUCAAUUGAAUUCUUUUUCAAAUAGAUUUUUCGAUCUCUUAACAUUUUUUUAUAUGCCUAAAACGUCUUUAUAUCGUGGUCUCAAUAUCUAAAAUAAAUAUAAGUAAGUUUGCUUGAACAUGAAAAUUUAUUGUUUAAACAAAAUGGCGGUCGAUAUGAAAAUUGUUUUUGGAAAUUUUACGAAUUUUUUUUCGAAAACUAUAGAUUUUAGUAGAAAUUGCCUAGAAACAAAAUUAUCUUAAAAUUGAUCAAAGAAUACCCUCAAAAUCUUUUUAGAAUGGUGCGAGAAAAUUUGUUAAUUUUCGAUAAGUCACGAAUUUGAAAAUUUAAAAAUCGUAUGAGAAAAUUCUGAAAUAUUUCUAGAAUAUUCUUUGAUAUUUUUGUUCUUAGAGAAUUUAUUGUAAAAUAUAUAGUUUUCGUGUAAAAUAUUCUUAAAAUUUACUCAACGUGAAUUUUUUGCUCGAUAACUAUAUAUUUUAAAACAAAUUUUUUAAGAAUAAAAAUGUCUUAGAAUUAGUCAAAGAGUAUCCUAGAAUUAUUGUAGAAUUUUUUGAUAGAAUUUUGGUAUUUUGAAUCCGUGACUUUUCAACAAUUCAAAAAUUUUCUUGGAACAUUCUAAAAAAAUUAUGAGAAUAUUCUUUGUUCAAUUUUAAGAUAAUUUUGUUCCUAGGAAAUUUCUACAAAAAUCUAUAGUUUUCGAGAAAAAAAUUCGUAAAAUUUCCGAAAAAUAUUUUCAUAUCGGCAGCCAUUUUGUUUAAACAAUAAAUUUCCAUGUUAGGAAAAAUGUACUAAUAUUUAUUUUAGAUAUCGAGGCUGCGAUAUCAAAAAGUUUUAGGCAUGUAAAAAAAUAUUAAGGGAUCGAAAAAUCUAUUUGAAAAGAAAUUCAAUCGAACAAUGAAGCUUUUUUAUUUAUUUUUAAUUUUUCGAUGACAAAUGUUUUCGUCGAGAUUUUUAAUCGACACCAUUGGUAAAAGCACUCUCGAAAACAUAGGAAACUAGUUUCUAAAUUUUUUCCGUUUGAAUUCAUUACGCGGUAUAAUUUGAACUCAGCUCUUAAAAAAUCUUCCUGUGGGCGUUAAUGGAUUAACCACUUUUAAAGUACAGCGAACUUUAAUUUUAAAUUAAUUUUGGUGGGAUUCGUUAUAAACGAAUUUCUUCUUGAUUGUAUUUCUGUUUGUUAAUUUUGUUAUUUUUUUGAGUUGUAAUUUACGACUCGGCAAUUUGUUAUUAUAACG